UCUGUGCGCUUCGUGGAAGACAGAUGACACGCUAAUGUCCGAUAUGCACUGCCUUUCACCGCAACAAUGAAGAAUACAGCUUCUCUUUUAUGGCGGAGGAUCUUCAACCCUCACCUCAAUCCUCCUAGUUCUUCUUCAACCUCUUGAUUUUUCCAAGAUCUGCUUCCAUCUUCGGUUACAGGAUUGUUGAUUGCGGUUGCUUCCGUAUAGAUGGCGGACAUCGCUAAGGUGUUGUAUAUUUUGAUUCUUGAUUAUGAAGAACAACUAAAGAAGGAGGAGUCUUUUCGCUAUACUCGCGCUGUUUUGCAAAGCACUUUGCAGCUUAUGGGAUGUAAGGCACGACAUGCUUUCAAGAUAAGCCAAAGGGCUUUUGAAUUGUUGCGGAAAGGUUAUGGUGUGCUUCCUGAAGGGUUGAGGAUAAGACCCUCUGAAAAAGAAUGUGUCAAGAGUUGGGACGUACGCUUUGCUGAAACAGAGGUUUGGAAUCAUCUAAAUUCCUCUAGAGACAGUGAAAAUAGAAACAUUCCGUUUGAGCUGUAUAAAAGGCGCACGACUCUCAUUGUAAAGAGAGCAACCUUCUUAGAUGUUGUAUGCAAAGCCCUGGCAGAAUACAAGUACGUGAGUCCCAACCAGAGGGCUGACCUGCUUUUAGCAUGCAGAAUCCGAGAAAGGAAGGAAUCUGUGACUGUACUAUUAUGUGGUACUAGUGGCUGUGGCAAAUCUACUUUGUCUGCACUGCUGGGUAGCAGGUUAGGAAUUACGACAGUUAUAUCAACCGACUCAAUUCGGCAUAUGAUGAGGAGUUUUGUAGAUGAGAAACAAAAUCCUCUGCUCUGGGCUUCAACUUACCAUGCUGGGGAGUUUUUGGAUCCAGUAGCUGUUGCUGCAGCUAAGGCAAAAAGAAAAGCAAAAAAGUUGGCACGCAAUCCUCAUUCACAUCUGAAAGUUGAAUUACUGGAGAGCUCUUCCAUUGGAAAAGUUGAUGGCCAACCAUCAGAUCGUUGCACUGAGCUCAUCAGUCAAAAGCAGAUGGCUAUUGAAGGAUACAAGGCACAGAGUGAGAUGGUGAUUGACAGUCUUGAUAGGCUGAUUACUGCAUGGGAAGAGCGGAAAGAAUCAGUGGUUGUUGAGGGUGUUCAUUUAAGCCUAAAUUUUGUGAUGGGGCUUAUGAAGAAACAUCCAUCAAUUGUACCAUUCAUGAUUUACAUCACCAAUGAGGACAAGCACUUGGAAAGAUUUGCAGUGAGAGCAAAAUACAUGACACUUGACCCAGCUAAGAACAAAUAUGUGAAGUAUAUACGAAAUAUUAGGACAAUACAAGAAUAUUUAUGCAAGAGGGCUGAUAAGCAUCUUAUCCCUAAAAUAAACAAUACCAAUGUUGAUAAGAGUGUAGCUGCCAUCCAUGCGACAGUCUUUAGUUGCCUUCGUAGGCGUGAAGCAGGUGAUCAGCUAUAUGAUCCUGUACGGAAUACUGUUCCUGUUAUUGAUGAGGAAUAUAGGAAUCAGUGUGCGGCUAACUCUUUGAGUUCGAAAUGCAUGUUUCAACUCAUCCAGAGAAAAGGUUCCUCUAGGAAUCUGAUGGCUUUGGUUAAUACUGACGGAUCUGUGGCUAGGGCAUGGCCUGUCGAUCCAAUUGAUGAUACAAGUGGGAGGCCUUUUUUAGGCCCGAGGGCUGAGAAUGGAUCGGGGAUUCCAAUGUAUGGUCCAUUGCAGAUUGAUAAAGCUGAACCUGUUAAUCUUCAAUUUGGUUUUUAUGGCAUCAGUGCUUGGCCUACUGAUGGUGGGACUAGCCGUGCAGGGAGUGUUGAUGAAUCCAGGGCAGAUGGGACUGAUACUAGUAAAUACCUUUCUUCUUGCUGCAGUUCUCCAAGGUUUUCCGAUGGACCUUCCAAGGAGCUCAAGGAAGAUAUUUCAGUCCAUGGUAGCGAUGAAGAGGUUGAUGAUCCUCAAGAUCUUGGAAGCGAUGAAGAAGAUUUUAGUGUAGAUGGUGACAAACAGAUUCAUGAAGAGGUAGGCUCGGUUGAUGAAGAGUCAACAAAAUCAGAUGAAGAAUAUGAUGAUCUGGCAAUGUUGGACGUGCAUCAUGGUUACUGGUCAGAAGACGACAUGGAAUGCAUGGAAAAGGCUGGAUCUGUUUCUAAAGGGCAAAUGAGUGCUAGGGCAAUCGAUAGGUAUCGCCAGAACGUGGACCUUUUCCUGCGCUCUAAAAGUGAGUCAUCCAAGUCAUUCUGCUCUUAUUCAUCUCUUCUGAAGGAGAAAGAGAGGAAUAUUCGAACGUCUGGUGCUGUGAAAAUGAAAAAACGUUCCCUUAGUAUUCCAGCCAUGAGAAAGCAUAGUUCAGCUGUCGAUGGUCCCAUUCUAUCAGGAGCUUCUCAGGGGUAGCUCAAGAAUUUUGCCGAGUUUUAGUUUCUCUUUCUUGAUCUUUUGUUGAGCUAUUUUACUGGAAUUAACUUCGGACUACGCCUGUUUUAAAAAUGUACAGAGUGGUGUUUCUUGUGAUCGACUUGCUUCGUUUUGCAGCGGUCCUUUGUAUUAUAUAAAUACUCAUAUCCCACUAAUUUGUAGAUUACAGAUCAAUGUAUUCUUCUCUUAUGGAACGGCAUAUUGCUUUAACAAAAAGGCUAAUUUUGUAACAAAGUUACCUGGGCA